AUUGACUAUUUUCAAAACUUUUAUGCUCAUAUAUUAACAUAAAUUUGUGGAAACAAAUAUAUAAAAGUAGGUAAAAUGGUGAGGUAACCGUUAGCAAUGGAGAAGCCAACGAUUACAAUUAAGCAGGGAAAACUACAGGGUGCUCUUCACGAUGGUGUUCUGGGCUUCCCGUACAUUGGUUUUCAUGAAAUACCUUUCGCUGCUCCUCCUGUUGGUGAACUUCGAUUCAAGAAUCCACAACCAGUAGCACCAUGGACUGGUAUCAAGGAUGUUUCCCAAGGUACUGGAAGAGCAUGUAUACAAGGAUCUAAACAGUAUCAUAUCAUCGGGGACGAGGAUUGCCUAUAUCUUAACGUUUAUACUAAUUCACUAAGUGGAUGUAAACCAGUCAUAGUGUGGUUGCACUACGGUGCAUUUGUAGAAGGAUCUGGUAGCCAUGCAAUGUUCAGGCCUGAUUAUCUACUUACGAAAGACGUUGUCGUCGUUACACUUAAUUACAGAUUGGGUAUUUUCGGCUUCUUGAAUCUACAACACAAGGUUGCACCUGGUAAUCUGGGCGUGAAAGAUGUGAUUGCUGGUUUGGAAUGGAUCAAGCAGAACAUCGCCAAUUUUGGAGGUGACCCAAACAAUGUCACAGUGUACGGUGGUAGUUGUGGAGCAGUUAUAGCUCACUGUUUAGCAAUGUCGCCUCGCGCGAAAGGACUUAUUCACAAAGCAAUUAUAUCAGGUGGAUGUUUGAUAAGUCCUUGCAUGACAUCCGGACCUGAAUUUAUAAGACAAUUUUUGCAACAACUUGGCAUAAACACCAAGGAUCCCGAGGAAAUAGUCAAAAUUUUGCGAAAACUACCCGCCAAGGAUAUUGUAACGGUCCAAUAUAGAUUUCAACAGGAACUGGAGUGUAAUCUGAAAAACCUACCGACUUUCACGUGUUUAGUUAAUAUCAAUAACGAUGACAUGUCAGAUGAUCCUGUUUUACCUUUGCCAAAGGAAAAAUUACUUUCAACUGUUUUUAAUAUUCCUGUGAUAUGCGGUUACACAACCCUUGAGAUCAUGCUAUUUAUAGAGCAAGAUUUCGAAGACAAGCUACCACUGACCACCGAUUAUCUACUGCGAUUUUAUCCACAUUGUCUGAAAACGGAACAAUUUGAAAUUGGAGAUACAGAAGAAUUUCUGGAAACUAUCAAGAAUUGGUAUUUCGAAGGACAGUCUUCGAUACACGAAGAUUUGUUGUCUAAUUUCUUGGAAUUCUCAUCCGACAUGAAAUGUAAUAUUCCCAUGCAAUUGUUAGCGAAGAAUCAAGUAAAAUACUCUUCGCAACCAUUGUACUUUUACAUAUUUACGUAUGUUGGUAAUCAAACAUACGAAGUGCCACUACGAAAGAUAUUCAACGUGACGACUCAUCAGGAUGAUACGUCGUAUUUGUUCUAUUACCCUGCUGUAAGCGCCGCGCCACCAAGCGAAGGUACCAAGGACCGAAUUAUGAUAAACCGAUUAUGCACAAUGUGGGCUAAUUUUGCCAAAACGGGAAAUCCUACCCCACCUCUCGACGAUUGCGUCAAGGUUAUUUGGGAGCCGGUGAGAAAGGACAAAUUGAAUUACUUGGAGAUUGACGAAGAGUCGAAGAUGUCAAUUAUGGGACCCCAUAUCUUCGAGGAAAAAUCAAAUUUCACGUUUAACGUAUAGUAAACGAAAGAUUAAAUAGUUUGUGAUAUGAAAAUACCCCCGUUAAUAUGAGAUAUAAGUUAGCCGGAUUUGUAUUUUCCAUCGUCUUUUGUCGUUAUACAUUGUUUACUCACAAAUGAUGGAAAAUAAAGGUGUAUGUAACUUUCUUUUUGUGUGUAAAAAAAAUUAAAGGAAAUAAAAAGUGUAAAUGAAUGGA